AUGGUAGCUUGGGUAGACAGGGGAAUACGCCGUGGACCAGAUCGCCUUUGGGAUUCUCAACUUUGGCAGCUCGGUGACUGGCUUGACCCAACUGCACCUCCCGAUGAACCGGGUAAUGCCCGCACGAACGGCACUCUGGUGGCCGACGCAUACCUCGUUCAUGUCACAUCCGUCUUAGCAGAGAUUAGCAGAAUCUUGGGAGAAGAGGACGACGCCCGCCGGUAUGCUCUGGAUUUCCAGCAGCUGAAGUCUACCUUCCAAGAGAAGUACAUUGCCCCGUCAGGCUUUCUAGUCGGCGACAGCCAGACUGCUCUCAGUCUAGCACUGGUCUACGAUCUGCAUGCGACACCCGAACAGGUUGCACGUGCAGCGGAACGGCUGGUGGAACUGGUCCGCUUCGCAAAGUUCCGCGUUUCCACCGGAUUUGCCGGCACACCCAUCAUCACCCACGCCCUCACCAAAAGCGGUCACCAUCAGAUCGCUUACCGCAUGCUGCAGGAGAAGAACCGCCCUUCUUGGAUGUAUCCCAUCAGUAUGGGAGCUACCACUGUAUGGGAACGGUGGGACAGCAUGUUACCCGACGGGUCGAUCAACCCGGGCGAGAUGACCAGCUUCAACCACUAUGCCCUGGGCUCUGUUAUAAACUGGUUGCAUGAAUGCGUGGCCGGUGUCAGUCCUCUAGAGCCGGGAUGGAAGACAUUUAGGGUUGCCCCUAUUCCUGGUGGGACCGUUACUUGGGCCGAAGCAACCUAUGAGACGCCGUAUGGCCGGCUAGAGUGCCGUUGGUCGAUCCGGGGUGACGACCAAUUUGAGCUAGACCUGUCAGUUCCCGCGAACAGUAGCGCUCAGGUCAUUCUCCCUCACGAAAGGACUCGAAUUCCGGAAUCGGUGGGGAGAUUUGUCGGAUCGGGACGACAUCAUUUCCAGAGUCGCUGGAACAAAUCUACACAGUGGCCACCUAAACCUUUGCUGCCCCCAGUGGGUGAGUGGGAGGAGGAUACUUUUGUCUAA